ACCGCAAUGGACUAUUUACUUUUGGUCACAAAGCAACUGCAACUUUUGCGCCAUCUGCUUGAUAUUUGUUCUGCUGGUCUUCGGCUGCUUGGCUCUGAUGCCUUAAAGUCAUUUAACGAGCCCGGCUCUCAUUUAACCACGUCUACCGAUAAUUCGUUGCUUCCUCUGUUCGAGAUUAUCCUGACCACAGCCACUGACAGAUUCAUUCGUCUCAAUGGGGACAUCGAUUCCUUAGUUGAGAUGGCCGGACUGCGCCUCACAAAUGGUGCAAGCGAAGCGUGCGUCAAAUCGAAGUCUGAUCAAGAGGUUACUUUCAAUGGACUCUUGCGAGACAAACAGGAGUCAGAUGUGCUUGCUCAGGUUCAGUAUUAA